AUGUCUCCACAGAUCUCACUCAGCCUGCAUCUGCAAAGCAGCUUAACCUGCAUUGUUAGACUGGCCAAUCUGCACCAGGAACCCAUCAAACUUCAGCAGCACCCACACCCAGAGAGUUUCAUGGACCUGAGCCAGAGCACUACUCAGGGGAAGUGCAGGCGCUUUCUGCUUUCGUGUUCCCAAGUGUUCAAACAACUGCUGUCAACCUACUCCACAGAUACUGAUGCUUUUGAAUUUGUUUGGUUCGACACAUUGUUGAUGAAUAACACUGAUGUGGAGAUUUUGCUGCUCUGCUUCCCACACCAGCCUGACUCCUGCCUCCAAACGGCACGCUUCUUUGUCACGAGAGUGGCCAUGUACUUUGUAACACUAACUGCUAUCCUUAUGACUUUUUUGGGGAAUCUGUUGGUCAUCAUCACUAUUUCCCAUUUUAAACACCUGCAUUCACCGACUCACUUCAUCAUCCUAUCCUUGGCCUUUGUGGACUUUAUGAUGGGAUGUCUGGUCAUGCCUUUCAGUACGGUACGAUGGGUGGAAGGCUGCUGGUUCUUGGGAGAUCUGUUGUGUCAAAUCCAUUCCAGUUUAGACAUGACACUAAGUAUUGCCUCCAUCCUGCACCUCUGUUUGGUUUCUGUUGACAGGUUCAUGGCCAUUACCGAUCCUCUGGGUUAUAAGAUGAAGGUGACAAAUGGAAAUGUGGCAGUGUGCAUCGCUGUCAGUUGUAUUUUUUCUUGCAUGUUCAGCUUUGGGAUUGUGUUUUCCAAAAUUAACGUUGUUGGUCUGGAUGAACAAAUGUUAAACCCCUGUGGUGGAAGCUGUGUUGUGAUUUUUAACAAGGAAUGGGGUAUUAUCGCUCCACUUCUUAACUUUUAUAUUCCAGGGGCUAUAAUGACCUGUUUGUACCUUAAAAUUUUUUGUGUUGCAAGAAAACAGGCAAGAUUAAUUUCUGAUAGAACUGCUGUGCUCACACCUGGUGAGACAAAAAAACAAUUAUCGGACCAGAGAGAGAGAAAAGCAGCUAAAACUCUAGGUAUUGUUAUGGGUGUUUUCCUUUUGUGUUGGCUGCCUUUUUUUCUCACUAUUGUUAUUGAUCAAUUUCUCAACUAUUCAACCCCUCUUGAUGUUUUUGAUGCACUGAUGUGGUUUGGUUACUUGAAUUCCAUGUUUAACCCUCUGAUCUAUGGAUUUUUCUAUCCACGUUUUCAGAAGGCAUUUAAGAUUAUCAUUGUAAGAUACCUUUUUCACCUGAAAAGCUCAAGCAACUUAGUGCUUCAGUGA